AUGGACAAGGCGUGUCGAUUUUGCAGCGCUUUAAAAUGGAAAGAUGAGACCGCAUGCAUGUGCUGUUCCAAUGGCAAAGUGUCUCUUCCGUUACUUGGGGAACCAGAAGAACCUUUGAAAACUCUCUUUUUAUAUGAUGCUAAUGAGUCACGGCGCUUCUUAAACAGGAUCCGGAAAUAUAACUCAUGCUUUCAAAUGACGUUCUUCGGAGUUGACCGGGAAAUAAUAAUGCCGGGAUUUUCGCCUACAUUUACGGUGCAAGGGCAAAUUUAUCAUAGAAUAGGUUCACUUUUUCCAGCUGAAAACGAACAGCAUAAAUUUUUACAAGUGUAUUUUAUGGGUGACGAAGAAAUUGAGGUAGACCGUCGCUGCCAAUUUAUCCAGGGAGUUGAGAGAGACACAAUGUUCAAAAUUCAAAGAUUCUUGCAUGAACGUAACAUUUUAGUCAAAACAUUUAAAACUGCUUUAGAAAACCUACCUGAAGAGGAUUAUAAAGUCGUCAUUCACGCAGAUUGGACCCCUCGAGGAGAGCAUGAAUGGCGCUACAAUGCACCUUUGAUAAACGAAAUAGCAGCCGUAAUAAGUGGUGAUCAAUUUUCUUCACGAGACAUUGUCUUGCGAGCACGUGUUGAUAUGUUGCAACGGGUAGCCGAUACACACAAGUUUUAUGACGCUCUGCAAUACCCAUUGAUUUAUUGCAAAGGACAAGAGGGUUAUCAUUUUCAAAUUCCACUCAUUAACCCGGUCACAAAGGAGCCUACUCCGAACAAAAAAGUAUGA